GGCUCGCAGCCAUCUCGCGCUUUUGUCUUUUGGGCUUAGACUGUGGCUUAACUUGGCACUGAAUCCAGCCGGGGGGCAAACGAUGGUGUCCGAGCGUUGACGUCAAGCGCUGCGGCGCCGGACUUCUCUCCGAAUCAGGGUAGUCGUAUUUACCUGGACAGCGUCGCGUCCCAUUAUCGAUGACGACGACUAGCGACUGAGCUUUAGGCACUGCCUACUGGCAAUGGAACCAACAGGAUGGUGUCUCCUGAGCAGGUCAUGGCGGCCGAGUGGUGUACAGUUGUGCUCGCCUACCUGCUGGUGGGCAUGAGGCUCGCUGUGCGAGUGAUGCUAAAGCAGAGACAUCUGUUCAUCUCCGACCUUUGGCUGCUCCUGGCUUCCGCCUGCGUCUUGGGGCUAGUCACCUGCGACACAUUGACGUACCAGAAAGGCGCGAUGUCGGACUUUACGAUGGUCGACGAGUCCCUCGGCAAGAUUCGCUUCGCCACCAACUACUUCUUUGACGCUGGGCUAUACCUUCCAAAAAUCAGCAUGUUGGCCAUCUACUUCCAACUGCUUACCCAUCAAGGUGUGUGGCAGAGGUGGGCUCUGUACUUUGUGACAGCAUUCACGGGAAGCUCGGCGCUUAUUACGUUGUUUGCCGAUACCUUCUGGUGCGGGCCAGAACCGUCCAUCAACUGGUCUACUGCGCCGGACGCAUGCUCGACCUUUACGUCCAUAACAUUAGUGCGGAUUAACUGGGCAUUAUGCAUCACAUGCGAAGUCCUGAUCUUUCUCCUCCCACUUCCUGCUGUGUACCGAAUAAGGGGCCUUGCUACUCGGGAUAAGGCUGGUUUGGUCUUGGUCUUCAGUCUCGGCGCAAUCACCAUGAUAGUUAGUACGGGCCGAUUCAUCACUAUGAUGUCUAAAGGCAACAACAUCUCCAUCUACAUCUGGGCGACUGCCGAGUUCACGGUCUCCAUCAUGGUGGUGGCCUGUAUGGCUCUCCGUCCUCUGGCGCGCAUAGUCUGGAGCCGGACAUCCUUAACGGGGUCCAAAUCACACUCCAGUCGGCCGACGUACACCGGCAGUUAUGGGCAUGAGGUGAUACGACCCAGGCCCCACGGCAAUAUAUUCGCGUUGCACGGCCUGGAUGCAACAAUCAGCGAGGCCGAGCUAAACAGGUCUCAAACCGUGGUCCAUGCCCCGGACUCAAGGUGCAGCGAUAUCGAGCUUCUUAACAGUGUGAAUGGAGAAGCUCCAGCAGACGGCCUGGACCGUGCCGGCUGAUCGCCAAACUCAUAUGGUUCCUGUAACGGUCCCAGGAGUGUGUUGCAACUAUCUGGUGACGACUCUACGAGUACACGAGACUGAGAGAAGAAAAGAAGAGACCAGAGACUCUGGUGGCUCGCAGGUUUUUUAUCCCCGUG